CGUAGAAGGUUCUCCCCGGAGAAAGUUGAGUAAACCCCGGAGAAAGAUCUUAAGAACAUUUCCCCUAAUCGGGAGUAAUCCUCUCCGACUUAGAUGUAGUUAGAGAUUGAUUUCCGACUCUGACUAAUCCAACCCAGUGAACAGGGAUUAUUUUGUUUACCCUAAGGAGAUAAGUUCUCAAGUUUGGAGAAAUCCUAACUUUUGCGUCUCUAAAGGCAAGAAGAGUGUUUAAAACAAUAAAAUAAUUAGUUACUUCAAAUAUUGAACAUGGAGUGAUAAUAGGACAGACAUGGCCUGUAAUGUGACUCCGUUUCGUGAUAUGGAGAGUGAGGUGAACCUUUCUGCGUAUCCAUAUCCAGGGAACAAAACUCUAGAUACAACCUGGGAUACAGGGCAGUAUCUGAAGAUACUCGGAGUAUGUGGGACAGUUCUCAUCUCAAUAUUUGGAAACGUUCUUGUCAUCCUUGCUGUCGUUAGACACAGAGCAAUGAGAACCACAAUAAACUUCUACCUGGUGAACCUAUCCAUAGCUGAUCUUCUCAUCUCAGCCUGGUGUCCCUGGACAUCAUUGAUACAACAGGUUCUAUCUCCCUCCUCUCUGUAUAUCCUGCCUCCUAUAUUCUGUAAGUUGGAUGUGUUCUAUAGAGUACUCUGUACAGUGGCUAGUGUACUUACACUCUCAGCUAUAUCCUUUGAUAGGUUCCUGGCGGUUAUAUUCCCCCUGCAAACCAGGGUAACACAGAGGAAAGCAAGGUACUUGAUUGUAAUGGUUUGGAUCUCUGCUCUAACAGUAGCAUCUCCUUUCCUUCUCUACAGAAGAGUUACAGUGUUCAGAUGGGAGGAUUUUACUGAGGUCUCAUGUCACGAGGUGUUCCCUACUACAGUGUACUGCGAUCCAAUAACAAACAAACAAAUCAUCACAAACACGGCAAAGAAAAUAUUCUAUUCUAUCGUAACAAUAGUGAUGUACCUGGUCCCAGUACUGGUUAUGAGUGUAUCCUACACUAUGAUUCUGAUUAAACUGUUCUGCAGAACGCAACCAGGAGAACGUGUAGAGGGUAGACAGAACCUAACCUAUCAGUCUCAGCAGAAACGUAAAGUAGUGAAGAUGGUUGUUAUGGUUCUCCUUGUAUUUGUUGUAUGCUGCUCUCCUAUUCAACUACUCAUGGCGUCUGCAAUCUUUAGAACAGAUGCUCAGCUGCCCAGCUGGUUGGGAUCAUACAAGUUCUGGAUUGAAUUCAUGUCGUACUCUCACACCAUGCUCAAUCCUAUCAUAUACGUCAUCUUCAGCAACAACUUUAGGCAGUCCUUCAUUAACAUGCUCUCCUGCAACAACAAGGAGAUAAACAGAGAUAUGGACAGAAACUCUUCAGUUCAGCGCCGCGUAUCUUGGAGACGAGGUUCAUUAAAGAAUCAGCCUCGACCUCUGAAUCAGCCUCGACCUAUAGCUCUGCGGAAUCUGCAACCCCCGAGGGUUGUAGAACUUGAGAUAAACAGUAGACGAGAAGGAGAAGGUUUCCAGGAGGAGACAAAUACAACCCCGUUCUAAUCCUACCUAAACCCGUUCUAAUCCUACAUAAUCCCGUUCUAAUCCUUCCUAAUCCCGUUCUAAUCCUACCUAAUCCCGUUCUAAUCCUACCUAAUCCCGUUCUAAUCCUACCUAAGCCCGUUCUAAUCCUUCCUAAUCCCGUUCUAAUACUUUCUAGUUCAGUUUAAAUCAUUCUUAGUACAGCUCUAAUCAUUCCUAGUCCCGUUCUAUUCCUUCCUAUAUCCGUUCUAGUCUUUAUUAAUCUUUCCUAUAUCCGUUCUAGUCCUUCUUAAUCCUUUGUAUAUCCGUUCUAAUCCUUCUUAAUCCUUUAUAUAUCCAUUCUAAUCCUUCUUAAUCCUUUGUAUAUCCGUUCUAAUCUUGUAU